AUGGACGUCCCAGCGAACCUUCCAGCGAGCGCGCACCCAGGAACCCUCCACUACAUCCCACCCAACCUCUCCGCCUUCGAGCCCACCAAGCCCCUCGUCCGCUCCGCCAAUGUCAACACCCUGCUAUGGGUUGGCGGCAUGUUCGACACCCCGGGAAGCGUCUCCUACCCUUUCUCCAUCGCGCAGUCCCUCGGCCCAACGUGGACCGUCAUGACCGCCCUACUCGGCUCGAGCGGUCUCAGCUGGGGCGUUAGCAGCAUCGCGCGAGACGCAGAGGACAUGGCCAAGAUCGUCGCAUACAUCAAGGAGCUGCGCCCGGGCGGCAUGAUCAUCAUCAUGGGCCACUCCACGGGAUGUCAAGACUGCAUGGAGUAUAUCGUAGGCAAGAAUGCGGAGAAGCGACCAGCUGUGGAUGGGAUCAUACUGCAAGCGCCGGUGUCCGAUCGCGAGGCCAUCAUGAACGACCUACCCGAAGCCUUUAUGCAUGAGGCGAACCAGCUGGCGCUGCAGAUGUGUCGUGAUGGGAAGGACAAGGACGCCAUGCCGAAUCGCUUGACGAAGCAGGUUUUUGGACGGAUCGCGAUUACGGCUCGGCGCUGGGUGGACAUUUCUUCUCCAGGACCUUAUCACGAGGGUGCGGACGAUUACUUCAGCAGCGAUCUGCCGGACAAGAGGUUGCGCGGGACGUUCGGGAAGCUGCCUGCGAGUACGCCGCUGCUUAUUCUGUACGGUGGCGCGGACGCAAGUGUGCCGGAGCACGUUGACAAGCGCAGGCUGGUGCAGAAGUGGAUGCACAUCACAGAAGGCGGCGGCGGGAGCGUGGAUGGUCUAAACGGCGGUGUGGUAGUAGGCGCGACGCACAAUCUCAACGCGCAGGCGGAGACGAUUGUGCAGGAUCUUGUGCGUCGGGUGGCCGGCUUCAUUGCGCGGAUGGAAAAAGGCGAGAUUGGCGCUGCUGCGGGCGAAGUCAUACGGGUCGACUCGAGCUUCGCGGACUAUGAGAAGGCCACGACGGCAUCUUCAUCAUCCAGCCUGACCACCGAUGAAGCUGAAGACCAGGACUUCAUCCCAAACGCCGGCAUUGACCCGGAACCGUUUCUCAAUCUCAAGAAGCACGUCUCGUGGAACCCUGAGCCUAUUGACCCGGCCGACUUCCUCCAGCUUUUGUGGGGGCAGUUCGAGCACAAGCAGCGGGUGCAGGCGGGCGGUGUUGAGGACAAGGGUGAUUGGGGCACGACGCUGGAUUCGAUUGAAGAGGGCGGGGAACAGCGUGCGCCUGAUGAGAUCUACUGGGAGUAUGACGAGCAGUGCGGGAUGCAGGAGGGGAUCUUCGCGGAUGAUGUGGACGCUUCGUUUGGGAGUGAGAGUACGUUGAUUGAGUGGUAG